GGAUUUCAUCUUUUUGUGUUCUAGUUCGAACCCCUUCAAGUUGUUUCGCUCCUAUCUAACACUGCUUUUUUGGUGUACUCACUAUCUAAUGUGUUCCAGUUGAGUUGCUGGCAUUGUUGAGAUAUGUAGUCAAAGCCGAACAAGAGGUACCAUCCAUAGGAAAGAGGGAACGGCUAAAAAUUACUUUCUUUUGGAUAAGGCAUCUCCACCUCCAUAUUCAGUAAACCGAGAAAGCAUAGGACACACAUAAUUGCAUCCUGUAUAUGCCUAAGAACAAUGCUUGAAAUCUCUGGCAUUGUAACAAAUCUAAGCAUGUAACAAACUGAGAGUCGAAUCUGACGGGAAACGUGCGUGUCCGAAAUAUAUUCCUGCCUACACCCAGGGAAGGUUGGUGACAAAUGUGUCCAGUACUCGAAUUGUGCCCAGUACUGGGCCGAGUACUGUUUCGAUAGCUCAGACUUUCCUUCCCAAAGUCAUUUUGAAUAUGUUGUUUAUGCUGGCGUUAAGUUAUCGACUCUUCAUAAAACGAUAACAGUAAGAGGAGUCAUCUUUUACAUCAGUGUCAGAGUCACUAUGUACCGAAACCUAUCCGAGCCAUUACUUUUAGCACCAGUUGGGAUUAGUGAAUGUGGUAUAUGUUGUGACAGUAGCAUCCCCAGUAGAAUUUGUACAUGGUUCGGUGGCCCACAAUCGAAACUCUUCAAUGUGGUAUGUGACAGACAACGGUCGUUUUACCAUCAUCACUAGUUGUUGUGGUAGUGGAAGGCACCUUGCAGGUACAUGGCAAGGUGAUGGUGGUGACAUAUAUUUCCGUGACAACAGGUCCUGUGGUAGGCGUUAUAGAACCAGUCCAAUAAGUGGUGAUGGUGAGGACACUUGUAGAAGGUGCUGGGAUAGAGGGUGCUAGACUUAAAGGAGAAGCAACACUGGAAGGUGCCCCUGUUGAAGACGGAGUGUUGGAAGAUGAAAUUGAAGUAUUUGAAUUCAACCAGAAAGACAGGCUUGACGAGGUAGUGCUACCAGGUGGUGUAGUGGAUGAAAUAAUGGUGGUCGUAGUUCUUAGUAUAUCCUUAGUGAUAGUUGCAUCCCUCUGAACCUGUUACCGUAAAAUAUUCAGCAACUAUUCCGGUCCAUAUAAUGAUGGUGGUAGUUAAAAAAGGACAUAAUAUGCCAUCAGCGGUUGAGCUAUACUAGUCAAUAUCGUCUGUUGGUUCGUUUCAUCUGGGUAAGCAACAAAUAUUGUCAAAUUGCAGUUGUCAAAACAUCAAGGUCAUAAUGAAACAUGUUUCUUUUGUAGCUUGCCGGGGUAUCUUUAAAGAAUGCUUGAAAUACUAUUAUGAUAUAUGAACAGGUAUAUUCUCUUUUACCAGGACCCCUAAACUAUUCCUAUUUCUUCGGCUAUUGCAUCUCUACUCCCUU